AUGUCGGGAAAAUUUGGCAAAAAAUAUUUAAAAAAUGUAGAACGUAUAAGAGCCAAUUGUUUAAAAAGACGACAAUUGUUUUCUAACAAUACUAGCUCAAAAUUCAAAAGCCGAUCUCAAUGUACAGCAGCGGAUCAAAAUUAUGGGUUAGCUGAACCAUUAAUCGAUACAAUGAUCAAAGAGGAUUAUGACAAAAAAAAAUUUUUAUUUUUACAAAAACUUAAUGAGGCUGAUAGAAUUGAGAUCGAAAUUUGUACAAGAGAUCAAAGUAAUAAUUCUCUUUGGUUUAAAGAAAGAAGACUUCGAAUCACAGCGUCAAAUUUUGGCACGAUAUGCAAAAUGCGACCUUACACUAGUUGUAAGAAAAAAAUCCAUAGCUUGCUAUACGCACCAAAUCCCAAAACAAAACAACUAACCUAUGGUAAUGUUAUGGAAUCGAAAGGUCGGAAAAAGUUCGAAGAAAUGUAUAACGUAAACGUCCAAACAUGUGGUCUUAUUAUUGAUUCUGAUCUACCAUAUUUGGCAGCAAGUCCAGAUGGUCUAGUUGGAGAAAAUGCCAUAAUAGAAAUUAAGUGUCCUUACAAUGCUCGUAAUUCAGAAAGUCUAAUCGAAGCUUUCAACAAAAAACUUGUAAGUGAUGGGUUUUAUUUAAAUUGUCUUUUGCCUGAACUCGUCGAUCCCUUAUAUGGCAAAAGAUUGUUAAUAAGUGAUAUCAGGGAUCCGGAUGACAUUUUAGAAAAACAGCAAGAAAGAUUUAAAAUAGUAUCGUUGAAAAAAAUUAAAAAAUCUUAA